AUGUACCAGGCUGCGAGCGGCGAUCAACCAGAGUACCUGCAUAAGAACUUGACUGUGACGAGCAAGACCGCAAAGGCCAGGGCAGCACAAGCCGAGACAGCACAGGCAGGCAAGGCAGCACAGGCGGCAGCCGCCUCGCAAGUGUUUGAAGCAGACACAAUCAUCAACGACCAGCCGAGCACGAUCGGAACCUCUGCCCGUGCCCCCAGCGUCACGCCCCGUGCUGAUUCUCCUGCUGGUCCUGAUCCUUCUCCGCCCAACACUCCAAUGGCUGCCGAGGCGGCAUUCACCCACCUUCUGAACCCACCUCGAUUUGACGGUGGUCGAGUCAACGACCCGUUUUUUGCAAAGUGGCGCGCUCACUGCUACCUGCUGCACAUGCUCCUGGGAGAGUGCGCCAAAGUCGUCGUGCCUGUGGCUCCAGCAACCAACACCACCGAUCACAUCUUGCCGGGCAACUCGUGGAAGUUCCUCACCUUCCGCAACCGCACAAAGUACACGCGGUGCAUGGAUGAGUUCCUCAUGUCCAUGCGCGCCUACCUGAAGGGCUUCAUCACAGGCAAGGGCGAAUCGCUGCUCGCCGACUGGAAGCUGCACUUGGGUCACGGCGGCGACCUCACUGACAAGGCCGGUGCCCUUGAUGUCAACAAGCUUGACCUCGAUAGUGAGCGUAUUGAAGAUGGCAAGGCCGGACGGGUCUACGUCACGCAGUGCCCCGAAGACGUGUGGCAUCUGCGCAACAUCUGGUUGCUCGAGCCACCCGAGCUUCCGCCUCCCCAACCCACGGCUCCAGCUUCGUCCACCAAGUCCGCAACGACAACGGCCAAGAAAGCCUCGGCGGCAACAGCCCAGGCAUCCGAGAAGAAGCCAACCACCAACACCGCAACGACCACCACCAAACCCACAAUGACCGUCCCCAACACCGUCGACCCAACCACCAAGACCAGCACGCCCAACAUCAAGCCCAACAGCGAGAACAUCCCUUACGACUACACGGACCCGCUGCAGGCCAUCAGGAUGUGGGACAAGCGCCUCCAGACCCACGGCAACAACGGCCUGACAUUCAUCGACCCGCUGCUGCUCUCUAAGACGAAGGUGCUAGUCCGGUCAAUCGAGUGUCGGGACCCGCUGUGCUUUGUCUGUGCGGGCCGGCUGCCGCCUUCGAUCCCGAGUGGCCAGGGAAGGAAGGUGACGAAGGCGGACCUGAAGUAG